CCAGUGACAGUUCAACUGACAUUCGCGCCGCGAUGUCCAAGCCUGACACGCUCUUGUAUCGUUCCGAAACCGCUUCGAACCAAAAAUAAAAGUUUUGUGCUGAGGGAUAUUCCACGAUUCUGUACGGUGUGGGUUCGCCAAUAAUGUGGCUGUUUCGAGCGGGAGACAUGCAGCAGCCUGAUGCUUCGAGGCCCUGCAACGGGCCGGCGAUCCUGUCAGUCGCGGACGGCACCACUCCCACUGCGCAAGUUGUUACCAACAAUGUGUUUAAUGAAGCAUCCAGGAAAUCCGGUAUAGCCGAUUGGCUGUGGAACCUUACCGGGCGUCGCCGGCAACGCCGAGAGAAGAUGGGUGAUUUCGGUGGAGAGAUGCAAAUGAUGCUCACCACCCAAGACAGGGUGAACUCCGGAGAUGUAUGUCUCUUGACCGAGAGCCCAUACAGAAUAUUGAGGGCUGCAGAAAGCGGUAAUGUAGAGGAUUUCAUGCGCCUUUAUGUCGGCGACCCAACUCGCCUGUCAGUGCAGGACGUUCGCGGCCGCUGCGCAGCUCACCAAGCCGCCGCUCGGAACAACACCAACAUUCUACAAUUCAUCAAGAAUUAUUCUGGCAAUUUGAACGUCCAAGAUAAGUCUGGAAACACACCACUCCACGUGGCUAUUGAGAACGACGCACUCGACGCAAUUCAAUUUCUUUUGGAGGCGGGUGUCGAAACAGAUGUGUUGAACGGGAGGCAACAAGCACCAAUACAUUACGCUACCGAACUAAACAAGGUGGCCGCUCUUCAAGUAUUUGCAAAAUUUAAGAAACUAUUCGACGCGGACCUCGGCGGAGAGCACGGUCGUACCGCACUGCACGUCGCUGCUAUUCACGACCACGACUUGUGUGCCCAAAUUCUGAUAUCCGACUUAAAUGCGGAAUCAAAACGCCCCUGCAACAACGGAUAUUACCCAAUCCAUGAAGCUGCCAAGAACGCUUCAUCCAGGACAAUGGAAGUAUUCCUGCAAUGGGCUGAAUCCAAAGGCUGUACCAGAGAACAAAUGCUAUCACUGCACGACAACGAAGGCAAUGUGCCUCUGCAUUCGGCAGUUCACGGUGGGGACAUAAGAGCUGUAGAACUGUGCCUAAGAUCUGGUGCAAAAAUUUCUACGCAGCACCAUGAUUUAUCCACCCCAGUUCACCUUGCCUGCGCUCAGGGCGCACUUGAAAUCGUAAAAUUGAUGUUCACAAUGCAACCAAAAGAGAAGAUGGCGUGUCUGAAUUCGUGCGACGUUCAAAAAAUGACACCUAUACAUUGCGCGGCCAUGUUUGACCAUCCAGACAUUGUUAGUUACCUAAUUUCCGAGGGAUCAGACAUAAAUCCAUUGGACAAGGAAAGACGAUCUCCCCUGUUGCUGGCCGCCUCCCGGUGCGGCUGGAGAACCGUCCACUUAUUGAUGGAACUUGGAGCUAAUCUUGAAUUAAAAGAUAUUAAUAUGAGAAAUGUUUUACAUUUGGUCGUAAUAAAUGGGGGUCGACUUGAAGAUUUCGCCAAAAAAUGCAAGGAACGUAGUGAAAGGAGUCUGGAAGUCCUAUUAAAUGAAAAAGAUAAUACGGGGUGUUCUCCGCUUCAUUAUGCUAGCCGCGAGGGUCACAUCAGAUCCCUGGAAAAUUUAAUUAAACUGGGCGCUUGUAUCAACCCCAAGAACAAUAACAAUGAGAGCCCACUGCAUUUCGCUGCCAGGUACGGCCGAUACCACACAGUUUGUCAACUUCUGGACUCUGAUAAAGGAACGUUCAUCAUCAAUGAAAGUGACGGUGAAGGUCUGACACCGCUGCACAUCGCGUCACGUGAAGGGCAUACCCGAGUAGUGCAUUUGUUGCUCAAUAGAGGGGCAUUGCUUCACCGAGACCACAACGGUCGUAAUCCGCUCCAUCUAGCGGCCAUGAGCGGAUACACACAAACUAUUGAGCUCUUACAUUCUGUCCAUUCACAUCUUCUAGACCAGUUGGAUAAAGAUGGCAAUACUCCGCUACACUUGGCUACGAUGGAAAACAAACCGAAUUCCAUAGCGCUUCUGCUAUCAAUGGGAUGUCGCCUCGGUUACAAUCGGCGUGAAAUGAGUGCUAUCGACUACGCUAUAUAUUACAAAUUUCCUGAAGCCGCACUCGCAAUGGUUACUCAUGAAGAAAGGGCUCAAGAAGUUAUGGCUUUACGAUCUCACCGCCACCCCUGCGUGACCUUAGCAUUGAUAGCUUACAUGCCCCGUGUGUUUGAAGCAGUUCAAGAUAAAUGUAUCACAAAAGCCGACUGCAAGAAAGAUUCUAAGAGUUUCUAUAUCAAAUACUGCUUCUCCGCCCUAUGUCCUCCGGUAAAACCUGAGGAUGGGAAUAAGAAACCGGAUAGCGCUAUAAAAACACCAUUACCGGCCUUAAACAUAAAAUACUGUUUCGAAUACUACCAACAUUCGAAGCUAGAGAUACAAGCGCUAAGACAGGCGCUCAAUGACCCAAAGUUUCGGCCUGAACCGUUGUGUGUGAUCAACGCAAUGGUAGCUCAUGGUAGAGUUGAAUUGCUAGCUCACCCGCUUAGUCAAAAAUACUUACAAAUGAAAUGGAACUCAUACGGAAAAUACUUUCAUUUGACGAAUUUGUUGUUCUAUUGCAUAUUUCUUGUAUUUGUGACCCUCUAUGGCUACCUCUUGAUGAAAGGUCCAUCUGAAAAUAAGAAACAGCAGAUGAAAAACGUAUCGGAACUCAUAAACGAAACACUAAGUGGUGAAUUUGUGCUCGAAACUGAAAAUAAUACAAACAACAGCAUAAGCAAAAUAACGAUAUUCCCGUUUACAUUUGCAUUCGAAACCAUGGUGGCGUUUUACGUAAGCAGGGUUACCAUCCUAUCCUACAACUGUGUUUGCUUAAUUCGCGAGCUGUAUAAUAUAAAACAACAAAAAUGGCAUUACCUUGCUGAUCCUUCCAAUUUUGUUUCCUGGAUAUUGUAUGUCAGCUCAACUCUGAUGGUUUGCCCCACGUUGGCGUCGCAUUCAAGUGAUCUACAGUAUUCUGCUGCAUCGAUAACUAUGUUUCUAUCUUGGUUUGGACUACUUCUGCUCUUGCAACGGUUCGAUCAGAUCGGUAUCUACGUGGUGAUGUUCCUGGAAAUCCUGCAAACUCUGAUAAAAGUGCUAAUGGUCUUUUCGAUUUUGAUUAUUGCAUUUGGACUGUCAUUCUACGUACUACUCUCAAAAGGAAAUCAUCUAUCUUUCGGAAGUAUUCCCAUGUCGCUGUUGAGGACCUUUGCCAUGAUGCUUGGAGAAAUUGAUUUUGUUGGUACCUAUGUACAACCGUACUAUAAAACUGAAUCGGAGGUGUUUCUACCAUAUCCUUUAAUGACGUUCGUAAUACUUGGACUUUUUAUGGUACUCAUGCCAAUUCUGCUUAUGAAUCUACUAAUCGGUUUGGCUGUUGGUGAUAUAGAGAGCGUUAGGCGAAAUGCCCAACUGAAACGUUUAGCUAUGCAGGUUGUCCUGCACACUGAGCUGGAGAGAAAACUACCCGCUUUUAUUUUAGAGAAGGUUGAUAAAUCGGAGGUGAUUGAGUAUCCCAACACUAACACCAGUAAACUGGGUUUCCUUGACACUCUUUUGCGUAAGUGGUUCUGCAAUCCUUUUACCGAAGACGCCGGUUUGGAUCUUGUACUUGAAAGCAGUGAUGAUUACUUGGCAUCUCAAUUAGAAAAGCAAAAAUUUCGCCUCCGAGAAAUAAGUCGUGUAGUGGAACAACAGUAUUUGUUACUGAGGCUUAUUGUGCAGAAAAUGGAAAUAAAAACUGAGGCAGACGAUGUAGAUGAAGGGAUCAUACCAGGCGAGUCUCGCUUCCCCCGCUGGAAUUCUCCAAGGCUCCGCCAGAAUGCUCGCCCACCGACUAAUAUAAAUAGGGCGGGCUGAUGGUACAUUUUAAAUACAGCUAACCGUAAUUUAAUUCUUUGUAGAAAUUUACAUCCAAUACGGUAGGCUGUAUCUGAAAAUAAACGGAUUUGGACCCUCACGCGUUCUAACAAGCAACCGGCAUACUAAAUGAAAACAAAAUGGCUUAAAUAUAAUUUAUUCUAGACAUUUACUAAAUACAUUCGCUACAAACUUCUUCAUACAUAGUAUCCCGUAAUGAGAUCACCAUAUUUACAUAUUAACAUAAACAAUAGCAGAUUUUUUAACGUAAAAUAUAAAAAUACUCUGGCCUGAAACAAAUGGACAAUUGACAUAGAUGCUAUUUUCAU